AUGGAGAGAAUUAAGGAGGUGAAUAUACAGCUCAAUCAUCUUGUCACGCGCGUAGACGCGUUUACCUGGCCUUCACAGCGUCUCACAGCCCUUCGUCAAGAAGCCGACAAUGCCGUUGCUCGUGCGGAGGAGGCAGAGGCAAAGAACAAGAAGAUGGAGCAGGUUCUGCUUGAGAAAGACCAGGAGAUCACCUCUCUGCAGCACAAGUUGUCUGUGAUGGACGGCGAUCUUGAGAAGGCCGAGAACAAGCUCGCCGCCGCAAAGACUGCUCAGGAAGAGGGCGAUCAAAGCAAGACGAUCAACGAGGGCUUGCAAAGAAAGAUCCAACUACUUGAGGAGGAGCUUGAUGCGGCAGACAAGAACCUGAAAGAUGCCAUGGAGAAGUGUGUCUUGAUUGAUCCGGUGCUGUGUGAUUUGGCUAACCGUGUUAUGCAUAGGUUGAGGCAGGUUGAUGUCAAGGCGGAGCACUUCGAGCGACAGGUUCAGCGUCUCGAGCAGGAACGAGACCAGUGGGAGAAGAAAUACGAGGAAGCACAAACGAAAUACCGCGAGUCCAAAGCCGAGUUGGACGAUCUGGUUGCCAACAUGGAAGGACUCUGA